AUGAGCAAUGAGUUCAAACAGGGAAGUAUUGCAACUCCAGCUGCGGUGAACGGUCAGAAUAACCCGACGCAGGGUGUUGCGACGCCACAGCAAAAAACUGUCGGGCGUGUCCAGGGUUCCACACCAUCCGGUUCUGUUUCAAAUCCAGUAACUACUCAGAGCGUAGCACCUCAAUUUGCUGUUUCUACACCGCAUAAUGUAACUCAUAACGCUAAUCCAGAGGUUUUGUCAGUUUUCGAAUGCCCGGUUUGCAUGGAUUACAUGAUGCCACCUUACCUGCAGUGCCAGAGUGGUCACCUUGUAUGUGGCAAUUGCCGUCCCAAAUUAACAUGUUGUCCUACUUGCAGGGGUCCAGUUCCAAGUGUUCGAAAUUUGGUAUUGGAAAAAAUCGCAAACACCGUUAUGUUUCCUUGCAAAUUUUCUGGCUCAGGCUGUCCACUUACAUUUUCACACGUUGAAAAAGUGGAACACGAGGAACUUUGUGAGUUUCGCCCAUAUUGUUGUCCGUGUCCCGGAGCAUCAUGCAAAUGGCAGGGAAGCCUCUCCGAAGUUAUGGGACAUCUCAUGAAAGUUCACAAAUCUAUUACUACUCUACAAGGUGAAGAUAUCGUCUUUUUGGCUACUGACAUCAAUCUACCUGGUGCUGUAGAUUGGGUAAUGAUGCAGUCUUGUUUCGGUUAUCACUUUAUGCUCGUGCUAGAAAAACAAGAAAAGUUCCAGGAUGGUAAUCAGAUGUUCUAUGCUGUUGUGCAACUGAUUGGCGCUAAAAAAGAAUCCGAGAAUUUCAUGUAUCGGCUUGAAUUAGCAACACAUCGGCGCCGUUUUAGCUGGGAGGCGUCCCCACGUAGUAUACAUGAAGGUGUGGCACACGCAAUAUCUUUGUCAGAUUGUAUGGCAUUCGAUAGCCAGACUGCUCAGUUGUUUGCCGAAAAUGGUAAUCUUGGUAUCAAUGUUACGAUAUCCAUGGUCUGA